CGACAAUAUGAAAAGGUCCAGACCUAGGCUUAUCCGUUCCGUAUAACGGGACGACUUCUCGCCUCUUCGUGACGCCAGAUUUACCUUGGUGCAGCAGUGACCUUACUAGCUCACACGACGCAGAACUUUUCCCAAAUCAUUGCCCGAGGAACACGAGGACGAUUGAUGCUUGUCGCCCUAUAUCUGUAAUUAUCAGGCUUCCUGGGUAUUUAACCCAGCUCUUCACUACCUCCAGCAUUCCCCUUUUUGUUUUUUCUUUGUUUUUCUUGUUUAAGAGCACUUAGGUUCGGCUCUUUUUUUUUUUUUUUUUUUCCAAUUUUUUAUUAUUAUUUCUCUAUUCAAGUAAAACUCAACUUGAAUUGAUCUGCAUUAUUUUGAUUUCAUUUUUGUCAAUUCAUUUUUUUUAAAUUGGGUUUACUACUAACGUUGAAUGUUCGAGAUUGUCCUUGGAAGAACCGCUAUACUUAAUUUUUAUUUCUAUUCUAGGCCUUAGAGAAAUUCGGUCUUUGCUCUCUGUCCCAACUAUACAUCUUUGUUUUUUCCCGUCUAGGUCAUUCCAUUAGUUUAGGAUGUCUAAAGUUUCAGCCGAAGAUGCCGUGUCCGUAGCAGCGCUGGACCCAGAAAAGGCGUUAGAAACCCCUAGAGAAGAAAAGCUGCAAAAAUCGGAAAUCCUCCUCAAUGGCGACGUUGAAAGCGAAGGAAUUGGCUCAUUGUCGUCUGGCGGUAUUGAUGCUAUUGUUAAAGCCGUCGACCCUGACGAUCCGUUACAUCCUUACCAUUGGAAGCCAUGGAAAAAGUGGAUGAUUACGGCAAUGUAUUGUACACUUGAGAUCUAUGUGACUUGGUCAUCUACAGGUGUCGUUAACUUUUUGUAUGAGUUCGAAGAAAUAUGGCAUUGCAGUCAACAAGCUGCAUGCAUGGUACAAAGUUUUUUUAUUUUCGGCAAUGCUGUCGGUCCCCUUUUACUUGGUCCUUUGUCAGAUGUUACGGGACGCAAAUGGGUUUAUGUUUGGGCCAUGGUUCUCUUUGUAGUAUUUCAGAUUCAACAAGCGCUGGCGCGUAAUCUGGCUACAAUGAUUAUCGGAAGUUUCAUUGCAGGCUUUUUCGGAAGUACUGCGCUGGCCAAUGUCGCUGGCAGUAUUGCUGACGUAUUUGACAAGAAAACGAUCGGUAUCCCAAUGAGUUUCUUCGUCUGGGGCGCAAAUGCUGGUGCUUCUAUCGGUUCACCGAUUAGUGAGUCUAUUAUUGAGCAUACAACUUGGCGGUGGUUUUACUGGAUGAACAUGAUCGUCGGGGGCGUUCUUAUUGUUCUAUGCAUUAUGAUGCCCGAAACACUUCCUUCCAUUAACAUUGGCCGUGAUUUCUUUUCAUCUCGUUUGGAAAGUGUGCAAGGUGGUGCACGAUUGAUUGUCCGGAAAACAGCUUUUGCAUUGGCAAUGGCUGGGAAAAUUUUCCUGACUGAACCCAUUGUUUUGUGCUUAGGCCUGUACAAUGGAUUUUUGUAUGGUUUAACAUUCUUGUAUCUUGACGGGAUUUUCGACAUAUUCUUGGACAAGUACAAAAUGUCGUAUAUGGGUGCAAACCUUACAUAUUUGAACUUUCUUGUCGGCGCAACAGUUGUAAUACUCAUUCAGCCGAUACAGGAUUAUCUUCAUCGUCAAGAUACCGCAAGUCAUGGAUAUAGUCGACCGGAGGCUCGUUUCAAGUUAGCAUUGCUGUUAGUGUGGCUCUUCCCUAUUAGUUUGUUUUGGUUUGCAUUCACGUCUAACGGUCAUAUUCAUUGGAUUUGCCCUGUCAUUGCAGGAGGCGUGCUUAGUGUUGCAGAUGCUUUCCUUUGGUUAUGCAUGGUUAACUACAUUGGUGAGUCCUAUCCAUCCGUCGCCGGCUCGGCAAUUGCAGCAUUCACUUUUCCCACGUUUAUUAUUGCUGGUGUCCUUGUUCAUUUAGGUGUCUUGAUGUUUAAGAACAUGUCAUCCACCUGGGCUAUGGCACUUCUUGGUUUCGUGAGUCUGCCUCUGGUAGCUCUUGUUUAUGUCCUUUACUUCUUUGGUGUUAAAAUUCGCAACAUCAGUAAGCUCGCUGCUAAACCAGAGAGAACUGUAGAACAAGUUGAACCAACUCAAGUGGUAUAGAUGAGCUCUUUUCUGCAUUCCCACUUCUGCUCUACAUCUUGUUUUAAAACCUCGGUCAUCACUUCUAUGAUUGAUAGUGAAUCUUUUUCACUUCUGAUUAUGUUUUGUAGAUGUGUGGUACCACUCUUUGCUUCCCUACAAUAACGUUUUCGAAAUACCCCUCCCCCUUCUCCAUUAUCGCUAGAAUAUAAACGUUGUUUAACAAGGCUAACUGUGCUAACAAGAAACUUCUGAGUGACUACCCGAAAGUUGGCAAAUUUUGGUCCUAUGCUUCGUUCAUUUUAUUUGUCUGUCUUUUAUCAAAAAACCCGAUUUUUGGUCUUCCCAUUACCUUGCCAUCAGUAGUGUUAUACGAAAAGGGACGAAGAAUAAGUGUUGCUCAGGACUGCGUUACAUUUAACUACUUCGUCUUUCUGCUACUUACUGUAAAUCUACCAACUAUUCUCAUCACAGAGACGUUGCCAAAUAACUCUAUUUUGCUCUUUAUACAUGUUAUCUUCAAUAAUAUCAUUCUACUGUCUUAAUUCACGUAUGGAUAUUUUCUAAGCCUACUACUUAUUACUAAAGCAGCGGUAUUUUUUGUCAUCCGCUGUCGCCAGCUUUGGCUUAAAUGUACCGAAUAAGCGAAGAUGCAUUGAUUUGUUGUACCCUUGAGUCCUGCUGCACCACUAAAAACGAUUAGUUAAUGCUCUUUUACGUAAAAUCUUAUGCAACGGACUUUACAUCCGUCGCUUACGUAAAAUCCAUCAUUAUGACAGUUAGUUGUUACAAAAGUGGCUUCACUCUGAGACGGUUAAGCAAUGUAUAAAUAGGUUUAACGGUUCCUCAUUUUUUAACUCCUACAUCUAAAGAAAUCAAAUUUAUACU